AUGCAAACAUGCGAGCUCUCACAACAUUCUACAUCCGAAGACACCUCCUCAAUCCAAAAAAACACAUACCCAUAUCUCCCUCUCCUCUCAUCUCCUUCCAAUCUCACCAAAACCCCAAAUUUUCCCGCCAUUUCCGUUGCACCAACCACCGGCGCAGCGAAGAAUCAACGAGCCUUGACGCUGAUUCUCCGGGUAUCGGGAGCAGUUCAAGCUCACCUGAUGGAGAAACCAAUUCAAGCAGACCUAGAACUUGGACUGUGUUCAAUACGGAAGGCAGUCAGUACAGUGACAUACAAGAAUCUGAGUCGAAAAGUGCAGCUGAAAGGAACGAGGUUUCGGAAAAAAGGGGUUACGGGAGUGUGGGGAAGGCGAGAUUGGGUGGUAGGUAUGUGCCAGCUUUCGAGCGAUGGCGGUGUUGUAAGGGGUAGGAAGAAGGGGAAGAGUAAGGUAUUCUGGGUGUGUUCCGACUGUGGGCAUUCGGAUGGGCACUGGUGGGGGGCGUGUAGGGAGUGCAAUAAAGUGGGUACAAUGAAGCAGUUUUCAGAAGGGGAAAGCGGCAUUGGUGGCUCGCGGGCGAGCGGGUUUGAGGUGUCGGAGAAUGUGGUUCGAUCGUGGUUACCCCAGCAACCCACUGAGACGCAGCCUCAGAGAUUGACGGAUGUGAACCGGGGGAUUAAUCAGUUGAAUUGGAGGAUUCCCUUGCAUGGGUUCUUUGGAUCUGAAGUUGCUAGGGUGCUUGGUGGUGGUCUUGUUCCAGGUUCUUUGGUUUUGGUUGGGGGUGACCCUGGUGCUGGCAAGAGUACGUUGUUGUUACAGAUUGCUGUAAUAAUAGCUGAAGGGCAUGAUAUUGAUCGAUCAAGUCCAGUUGUGUAUGUAUCUGGUGAAGAGGUGAAGGAAUGCACAUCAGCCUUGCUGCGUUUUGCUAAGAAGACUAACAUCCCUGUGUUUUUGAUUGGACAUGUGACAAAAUCUGGAGACAUAGCCGGGCCUCGUGUCUUGGAGCACAUUGUUGAUGUUGUUUUAUAUAUUGAAGGGGAGAAGCACUCAUCUCAUCGAUUGCUUCGGACUGUGAAGAAUCGGUUUGGGUCCACUGAUGAGCUUGGAGUGUUUGAAAUGACACAAUUGGGACUGCAAGUUGUUUCAAACCCCAGCGAGCUGUUCUUAAGUGAGCGGAACUCAGAUUCGGAGAUUUUAGCUGGACUUGCAGUUGCUGUAAUUAUGGAUGGAUCUCGAUCUUUUCUCCUGGAAAUUCAGGCGUUAUGUCUAUCUGGAAUAAUAUUUGCAAGGCAAGUUAAAGGGGUUCCAGUUCCAGUGAGGAGAGCUGAAAUGAUUAUUCCGGUUCUCAUGAAGCAAGCUGGUCUAAAGCUCCAAGAAAAUGGCAUCUUCUUAAAUGUUGUAAGUGGCGUGACACUGGCAGAGACUGCUGGGGAUCUUGCUGUAGCAGCUGCCAUUUGCAGCAGCUUCUUCGAGUUUCCUAUUCCCAAUGGCAUUGCAUUCAUUGGAGAGAUCGGCCUUGGUGGUGAGCUUCGCACGGUACCCAGAAUAGAGAAAAGGGUGAACACAGUAGCGAAACUGGGAUACAAAAAAUGCAUAGUCCCAAAAGCUGCUGAAAAAUCUCUACCAACUCUUGAGGAUUUGAACAUUGAGAUUGUGGGCUGCAGGAAUCUGAAAGAGGUUAUCAGCACAGUUUUUGUCUGAGGCUUAAAAGAAAAGCUGAAGAUCAUUUUGACCUUUUUUGGUUACCUUUCUAUCAUAUUCAUAUAAUUUUAUUUUUGGUA